GAGCGGUUGACAGAUGGGCAGUGCCUAAGCGAAAACCAUCACGAUUAAUAGAUGGACCGGAAGUGACCAAAUCUUGGCAAAUUAAAACAUUGAUACAUAAGUCAUUACGGUGUGUCGUGGUGUGACCUUGGCGAGAAGGCGGAGAGAAAUAUUUGCUUUCGAAUUAGACACUUCUCCCGUCGUCGUCGUCGUCGUCGUCGUUGCCGUCGUUUAAGUUCGCAGUAAAUGCUCGAAGCGAGUUCGUAUGUUCAGCAGACCGUAACCGGCUGAGGAGCUUCUAGUUGUAGGGGGGUUUUUCGAAAAAAAAAAGAAUCACUCUCUGGAACGAGAAGAAAUUAAAAGUGAUACAAAUGCGAGGCCCAAAGUAGUUUUAAAGUGUUAAAAAUAAUCUUGAGAGCGAAAACUGUGCUACAAGGCCAGAAUCAAACCAAACUACGACUGACUUUCGAACAUCCCAAAGUUUAAUCAUUCUAAAGCAUCAACAACGCGUCAAGGUUAAUUAGUAAAGGUUCACUGAACAUCCAAGCAAUUUCAUCUUUCUCGAAACUCGAACGCUUUUCCACAAUAACCAAACAAAAAAAUAGAACACCGUGGAAACCGCAUUCGCAGGCAGCGUAACUUUGUAAAAGCGCAAGUCGUUACCAGUUUUGCAAAUAAAACGGUUGUCAGCGUUGCCGCGUCCAUUGUGCGCCGGGUCGGGAGUCGCGCCGCGUCAUGACAACAAGGAAGUAGCGUUCUAGAAUGGAAUAGAUUUAUUCGAACAACAAUAAUAUACCGAAGCAGUGAGGAGCGACGAGCAAAUUUCAAGUUCAACCAUGUCGAGUUUGAUCGAGUUCCGUGCGUCGUUGAGCUGCGAUUGUUUUCUACUGUAAACCAUGACCACCAUCGCAACGCUGUUGAUGUUUGGGAUUAUCGGGUCCAUUCAAGCUCAGAUCCAAGAUGUCACCAUCGUACUCAGCCAGGGAACGAUCGUUGGGCUCAAAGUAUUCCCCGAGACGUCCAAAAUCCCUGUAUUCACCUACCUUGGCAUUCCGUACGCGAAACCACCCCUGAACGAGCUUCGCUUUGCUCCACCCGUGCCGUAUUCCGGCUGGAACCGAACGCUGUACGCUCGUGAUUUCAAACCGAUCUGCCCGCAGUUGGAGAACAACAGCUAUGACGAGGUCGACCCGCAAAGAACGUACAAAUUUCGGGAAACUAGCGAGGAUUGUUUGUACCUCAACAUUUGGAUGCCCGAGUCGGCCGUCCGUUAUGGAGGAUUUCCUGUGCUAGUCAUGAUCACCGGCGAAGAGAUGGCCUUCGACUGGUCCAUUAAUCGGGCAACCGGACUGGACCUGGCUUCGGACGGGAUCAUCGUCGUCACCGUUCAGUACCGAACGAACGUUUUCGGUUGGUUAUCCUUGGGCCGGAAAUAUGCCCCCGGAAACCUUGGAUUGCUAGAUCAGCAGUUGGCUCUACUAUGGAUAAGAAGUAAUAUUCAGAAGUUUGGAGGGGACACCAAUCGGAUAACGAUGUUGGGACAUGGAACGACGGGCGGAUCGAAUGUGAUGACACACUUGGUGAGCCCGAAAGCACGUGGACUUUUUUCGAAGGCGAUCAUAAUGUCUGGAACCAUCUUUUCGCCAUAUUCACGCGUCAAUUUGGAUCGCAGUUUGUCGGAUGAGAUCGUGAAGAUUUUAGCCUGCAAUUACGAUGUCGGGCGGAAUAUGCUGAAAUGUCUGCAGCAGAAGAGUAUCCACGACCUUUUGAAGGCCUACGAGUACGUGUACAAGAAUGGGAAUUAUACACUCAACUUGAGUCCCAUCGUAGAUGACUAUCUGGACCCGGUAGAUCGGUAUGUUCCAGACGAUCCGAGAGCGCUGUUUGCCUCGAAAUCGUUCAUCCUUGAAGACAUACCGAUCAUGUUUGGGAUCACCAGCAACGAGGGAGCGUUUGUUCUAAACAAAUGGUUGUUUUUCGCGAGACAGGGAGAAAAUCAUCUACGGAAAUUUGUGAAUGAUUCACUCAUUCCGAACGUUUUAGAACAGUACGAAUUUGACGGAAUUGGACAGCAUCAGAUCCGAGAAACCAUUAGCUGGCGGUUCUUCGAUCAGAUUCCAGAUUCCAUCGCCCACUUGUUGAAUUCUAUCGUAAAACUAGUGACGGAGACCAGAUACGAAAUACCGUUUUACAAAACGCUGGAAAUACUUAGCGAUUUCGAGCCGCUCCGCACCAAUGCAUCCUCCAGCUCUGUCUUCCGAGAAACCCCGCAAGCUCUUAGAAGAGGAGGCAAUAUGUACGUGUACCUCUUUCAUCACUCCAACUCGAUGGACAUGCGGGGUAAAGUGAACUACUUUGGAGGAGCGUCGCACUCCUCAGAGUUACCCUUUCUGAUGGGACCAAGCCUGUUCCAGGAGAUCGCCCGCAAGAGGCUUUCCCAGUCGGAGGACAAACUCUGCAGAAAGAUGCGAGCUUUAUUCAGCGAGUUCAUCAAGAACGGUGAUCCUACCCCAGGCCGUCAGAUCGAUGCCUGGUCACCGUACACACAAAACGUACGUUACAUCAAACUGAUAUCCACCCGACCGGAAAGCAUGUUCCAGAAUGACAAACACAGCCUGGACAGCGUUUUCGAAGACAACCUAAAGCUGAUCCAAGAUCAGCUACUGAAUCAGGAUGAAGAUCCUCUGAACAGCAACCGCUCGCCACCAGAAAAUCCGUACCUGCUAGGUCGCAACAACUUGGACGACCAGGAAAGCUCCCGAUCGUCCAAGAGUGCCAUCUUUCUGGACAACGGAAAAGAUUCCGACUACUUCCACUAUCUGCGCCGAAUCGACAGCUUCUGGUAUCGAUUUCUGCCAAGGCUGAGCCAGAUAAUGAAUGCCACCGAGCAGGAACGCUUGCGCAACCGCAGAAUGGAUCUAAGCAUCGAGGAAGAGCAGCAGCUAGCCCGAGAAUCGUCGGAAGCUUCCCGCUAUCGGCAUGCCUUUUUCUCGAUGCUAACGCUAGUGUGCAUGCUGUUAGCCGUGCUUGGUGUUUGCGUGUACAUUUUGAGAAAAAACAGCAACAAGAGCAUAACCAGUUUCUUAUGACAUAAGUUUUU